AUGAUUGAUCUUGAUCUUGGGGCGUCCAUUCCCCCACAUACAGCACAUGCUGUGAGCGUAUCGCUACCAACAUGGAAGUCCAACAUUGGCUAUGAAGAGGGCGAAGAUUGGGUCGUCGGCCGCAUGGUCACAGGUUAUCCUCGCUUCUUCAUACACCGGAGUAUCCAAGCCUUCAUUGCCGACAUUUUGGACAGCCUUGGCAGGAAAGACUCCAAAGCCUUCCUGUUCCCGACCCGCCAAAUUGCAGACCGAUGUGUCUCGUUCGUCAAAACACAUGCCCCCCCAGCCGCCUUUUCUUCUCUAAGCACCGCUCAUCUUGUCCUGGAUACGACGCAGCCGACAUCUGGGGCCCUGGCGGCUCUCUCACCAGCCAUUUCUGCUGUGCUUUGCUCGCAGGAGGCAUUCCCCUUUGUCAAGCAAUACUGGCAGCACACGGGCGACGGCGUAUCCAGCCGCAGGGCCGAGUUCUGUCACAAUCUUUUCAAAGAUGGCCUUCUCCGUUUAGAUGAGGAAGGCUCCGUACGAACCACCCAGAACGUUCCCACGAGUCCAAAGCCGUGCCGAGGGCCCAAACGGUACCAGCGGCCUUCAUCGGUCGAAGCGACAAAGGCGGCACAAUCACCAAAGCCCGCUCCAGACGGGGACGCGGGGCUUCCUGACCUGCACGAGACAUCCCGUUUUUUAGAAGAACGAUAUGGCAGGAAUCUCGAUGUCUCGUUUGUCCACCCCGCCAAGUCCGCCAUAAAACGGCGAAUCGCGGGGGCCCUCCGUGGCGUUAGCGAGCUCACCACGGCACCACCACCCGAGCACGAGAUGGAGUCCAACUCGCGUGGGAUUCCCAACCUCAAGGAGGAGGAUGUAUAUCUCUUCCCCUGCGGAAUGAGCGCCAUCUUCAACUCUCACCGGGCCCUUCUCAGCGCCCGUGGGAGCAUGAAGAGUGUCAAUUUUGGUUUCCCCUAUGUGGACACCUUCAAAGUGCUCGAGAAAUUUGGCCCCGGUGCCGUCUUCUACGGACACGGCUCGGAAGAGGAUCUUGACGACCUGGAGAAGCGCCUCCAGGGCGGCGACCGCUUCCUUGCCCUAUUUUGCGAGUUCCCGGGUAACCCACUGCUAACCUGUCCCAACCUCGUUCGCAUCCGGCAGCUGGCGGACAAGUACGACUUUGCCGUCGUCGUGGACGAGACUAUUGGCACCUUUGCCAACGUCAAUGUGCUGCCCUUCGCCGACAUUGUAGCGAGCAGCUUGACCAAGAUCUUUUCAGGCGAUUGCAACGUCAUGGGUGGCAGCGCUAUCUUCAACCCAAACAGCCGGUACUACUCUGCCCUGAAAGAGUGGGCAGAGGCAGGCGCUGAUGGCGCUGGAUACGAGGACACCUACUGGCCCGAGGAUGUCAUGUUCAUGGAACGCAAUAGCCGCGACUUCGCCUCGCGCAUCGAUCGCAUCAACACCAACGCCGAGGCCAUUUGCGACGUGCUCCGCACGUGUCCCAUUGUCAAGACCAUUUUCUACCCCAAAUACAACACCUCACGGGCCAAUUACGAGGCAUGUCAGCUGCCUGGUGGAGGUUACGGCGGCUUGUUGUCGGUCGUCUUCCAUCGCCCGGAGCAAGCCGUGGUGUUUUACGAUGUCGUGGAAACGGCAAAGGGGCCCAGCCUCGGUACAAACUUUACGCUAACGUCACCCUACGUUCUGCUUGCUCACUAUCAGGAGCUAGAUUGGGCGGAAGGUUUCGGGGUGGACCGGAAUCUGAUCCGUAUCAGCGUUGGCCUCGAGGAGACGGACCAUCUCGUGACGAUAAUGAGAAAUGCGUUGGAAACCGCAGCGAAGUAA